UACAUUGAUACAAUUACAAGCAAAAAGUCAACUUUUCAGAUUCAUUCAAUAACUGAUGAAUUUGAUCUAUAAUAUAAACCAGAUACAUUAAUUAUUCAAUUAAUCUACAAAGUAAACUUUUACUAGAGUAGUAAUUGGUAACUUGGUUCCAACACUGGUUUAACGGAACGGUGAACACCCGUAGAUCUGUACCCCCGAACCUGUACUUUAUCAGCUUCGGUUCAUUGACGAGCCUGAGCUUCGGAAUCUCGUUCUUUCAAAUUCUCCAUCGUUUCUCCUCACACUGUGGUCAAUGAACCAGUUCAAUCUCUAGUCAUUCAAAGUCACUGUGUCACGAACCCUAAUUCUUCCCCUUCAUUUCUCAUCACUUCGGAUCCUCUCUUCAGCGAUCAAGUGUCGGUAGCUGCGUAAUUCGCAAGAAAGCCUCUGUUUCUUGAUCGGGAAUUCAUUUUUUCAUAUUUUAUGAUUUCUAGAAUUAACUGCUGAUGUGAUCGUGAGUGCAUGUAUCCAUCCAUCUCAUAAUUGGUAAUGCAGGAGUUUGAUCCAUCUAUUUGUCGCGUUUUGAGUUAAUUUUGCUUGUGAACGGUAAACUAUGGCGCAGAGUAAUUGGGAAGCUGAUAAGAUGCUUGAUGUUUACAUAUAUGAUUAUUUGGUGAAGAAAAAGUUGCACAAUACCGCCAAGUCAUUUAUGACAGAAGGGAAGGUUUCUCCUGAUCCAGUAGCAAUUGAUGCUCCUGGAGGUUUUCUUUUUGAGUGGUGGUCUGUUUUCUGGGAUAUUUUUAUUGCAAGGACAAAUGAGAAACAUUCUGAGAAUGCUGCAGCAUAUUUAGAGACUCAACAGAUUAAAGCGAAAGAACAACAAUUGCAAAUGCAGCAGUUGCAAUUAAUGCGUCAAGCUCAGCUGCAAAAAAGAGAUCCUAACCAUCCUCCCAUUGGAAGUCCGCUACAUGCUAUCUCCACAGAAGGAGUCCUAGGGCAAUCUACUGCCACUGCUUUGGCUGCAAAAAUGUAUGAGGAUCGGAUGAAGAGCUCUAAUCCUAUGGAUACAGAGACAUCCCAACCACUUUUAGAUGCUAGAAUGGCCCUUUUGAAAUCAACAAAUCAUCCUGGUCAGAUGGUUCAAGCAAAUUCAGGAAGUGUGACAGCUUUGCAGCAAAUGCAGGCUCGAACUCAGCAAAUCCCUGAUAUCAAAAGCGAAGUCAACAUGGGAAACAUGCAAAGAUCUUUACCUAUGGAUCCUUCUUCCAUUUAUGGGCAGGGAGGAAUGCAAUCAAAGUCUGGAAUCACAAAUGCAGGAUUAAAUCAGGGAGUUGGUGGUCUUACAUUAAAAGGAUGGCCUUUAACUGGCAUAGAACAAAUUCGCCCGGGUUUUGGAGCUCAAGUUCAAAAGCCUCUCCUUCAGAGUGCAAAUCAGUUUCAGCUUUUGCCACAACAACAACAGCAGCAGCUCCUUGCCCAGGCACAUGCACAAGGAAAUAUCGGCAAUUCACAAGUGUAUGGAGAUAUGGAUCCACAGCGAUUAAGGGGAUUAGCUAGGGGAGGUUUGAAUGUGAAAGACAGUCAACCAACUGCAAAUGAUGGACCUAUAGGUUCUCCGAUGCAAUCUACUUCAUCUAAGAUCAACAUGCCACAGAUGCAACAAUCCAUCUCCCAGCAACAACAGGAUCCUUUGCAUCCACAGCAAAUGGUUCAGAAUAACCGAAAAAGGAAAGGGCCUACAUCUUCAGGAGCUGCGAAUAGUACUGGUACAGGAAAUACACAUGGCCCUUCUAAUUCUCAACCAUCAACUCCAUCUACUCAUACUCCUGGUGAUGGGGUUGCUAUGGUGGGUAACUUGCAGAAUGUUACUGGUGUAUCCAAAGGUUUGAUGAUGUAUGGUACUGAAGGAGCAGGCGGUCUUGCAUCUUCCACAAACCAGCUGUUGCAGGAUGACAUGGAACAUUUUGGAGAUGUUGGCUCCUUAGAUGAAAAUGUGGAAUCAUUUCUCUCACAAGAUGAUGGUGAUGGGAAGGACUUAUUUGGGACGUUGAAACGGAACCCUUCUGAGCAUGCUACAGAUGCUUCAAAAGCCUUUUCCUUCAAUGAAGUUGGUUCUAUACGCAAAAGCAAUGGAAAAGUUGUUUGCUGUCAUUUCUCGUCAGAUGGGAAAAUAUUAGCCAGUGCGGGACAUGACAAGAAGGUUGUUCUGUGGAACAUGGAGACACUGCAAACACAGAGCACACCAGAGGAACACACUGUUAUUAUUACCGACGUUCGCUUCAGACCAAAUUCAACUCAGCUGGCAACGUCUUCGUUUGAUACAACUGUGCGGCUUUGGGAUGCUGCAGAUCCAAGCUUUUCUUUGCAGUCAUAUAGUGGUCAUACUUCACAUGUUGCAUCCCUUGAUUUUCACCCUAAGAAAAAUGAUAUUUUCUGCUCAUGUGAUGAUAACAAUGAGAUUCGCUUAUGGAAUAUUAGUCAAUAUUCUUGUACUCGCGUUUUUAAGGGAGGAUCUACACAGGUUAGGUUUCAGCCGAGGAGUGGACACCUUCUGGCUGCAGCAUCCGGCAAUGUUGUGUCUGUCUUUGAUGUUGAGACUGACAGGCAAAUGCACUCAUUACAGGGACACUCUGCAGAGGUACAUUGUGUAUGCUGGGAUACAAAUGGAGAUUAUUUGGCAUCUGUCAGUCAAGAAUCUGUCAAAGUUUGGUCACUUGCCUCUGGUGAUUGCAUUCAUGAACUUAAUUCCAGUGGAAACAUGUUUCAAUCUUGUGUUUUUCACCCAAGCUACUCCAACCUCUUGGUUAUUGGAGGAUACCAGUCAUUGGAGCUAUGGAACAUGGCUGAAAAUAAAUGUAUGACCAUACCAGCUCAUGAAGGUGUAAUAUCCGCUCUAGCACAAUCACCAGUGACAGGGAUGGUUGCUUCUGCCAGCCAUGACAAGUCUGUAAAGAUAUGGAAAUAAACAUAAUUAUUCUGUGGUUCCAAAGAGCCAUAUAUCAUGUGUUAUACCAGUUACGUUCUGAUGGGCAGUACCUAUCUGAAUAAAGAAAAGCGUCGAAGAUAUAAUAUAGAUUUACAUCUGAGAGAAGAAUCCUCCAUUAUCUACUUUGAAAAGGGGCUUUGUGUAUUUUUUUCUGUUCACAAGCAAGGUUAAUUUAACUAAUUUAUUUAUUUUGCAAGUUCUUUGUUUUUUUUUCCUUGUUGAAUUUCUAAUAUUGCUAGUUCGAUGUUUUCUCUUUGAUAUUUAUAUUCAAACAAGAGAUAUGAUUAUUCAUCAUCAUACAUUAUGUAAAUUGUCAGUAUAUCCACUUACAAAUUUUAACACAGUUGGAAGUUAAGAAACAUACUCCAAUAAUUAGAGUCACAGACAUCAAAUUUAUAUCAAAUAACUUGUGUAUAUCUAUUUAAGUUUAAAA